UCGUUCAAAAUUACCACGAACCACGAAUGCCGAUUCGUGUUGUUGCGUCGUAUUAAUAAAAAGUUUCUCUGAAAGUUGUGUUAAUUUUGGAAUAAGCAAUCUAAUAUAACCGAAUCAACAAUGGAGUCAGAAGUAGUAAAGGAGAAAAUACACACAGAACCAAUGCUGAACGACCCGAAAUACAUAACCUUACUUAGCUUGAUUGUGCUUAUUUUUACACUUGUAUUCUGGUGGUUAUUCUCCCGCCGUCGCCACCAGAGGCGCUCGGUGCUGCUCACAGGGCUCUCGGACUCUGGCAAGACCCUGCUUUUUGUCCGACUGGCCUACUCGCAGUACCGUCAGACUUUCACAUCUAUGAAGGAGAAUGUGGAAGAUUAUGCUGUUGGUAAUAAAACCUUAAAGCUAGUCGACUUGCCUGGGCAAGAGAGGCUGCGGAACAAGUUCUUCGACCAGUACAAGAGCAGCGCCAAAGGCAUUGUCUAUGUCAUAGACUCGGAGACAGUGCAGAAGGAGAUCAGAGAUGUUGCCGAGUAUUUGUACACCAUCCUCUCCGACCCUACAGUGCAGAGCAACUCGCCUCCAGUGCUCAUUCUGUGCAACAAGCAGGACUUACCUCUGGCCAAAGGCAGUCAGGUGAUAAAGGGCUUGUUGGAGAAGGAACUCAACCUAGUCCGGGUGACCAAAUCCAACCAGCUGCAGUCCGUGGACCCGUCUGCGCCGAACAGCGCCUACCUCGGCAAGCCGGGGAAACCGUUCGAGUUCUCACAACUUAGCAGCAAACUCGAGGUGGUGGAGGGUUCAGCCAACGCGGACGACGACGAUGCGCCCACGCAGAUGAUCGCGCUGCAAGAAUGGAUCUCCAAACUUUAGGAUACACCUAUUUGUAUACGGACUGUGUAAUAAACAGACAUCGUUUUUAUAGCAUUUUCGGUACAGCGGAGCAGCGGAUUUAUCUAUACUAAUACCGUUAACACCACUCCGCUGCACCAAAAAUGCUAUAAAAUUUACUAUUUCUGGUAAUUAAUGAUAAUAUCCCGAGCAACACUACCUAACGAUCUCUAACCACAAUAUUGUAGGUAAACAACUUUAAGUGAAGCCCCUCUUGCAUAAAUUGAAAAGACCAUUCUGGCCUAGUGGUAGUGACCCUGCCUGUGAAGCCGAUGGUCCUGUGUUUCGAAUCCCGGUAAGGGCAUUUUGUGUGAAGAACACAAUAUUUGUUCCUGAGUCAUGGGUGUUUGCUAUGUAUAUAAGUAUGUAUUUAUCUAUAUAAAUACAGUGGAACCUGGAUAAUUGCAAUCUCAAGGGACCGGCCAGUUUUUGUCAAUUAACCAGGUUUUUCAUUUAAGCAGGUCGGGUCAAUUAACGAGGUUCAAAAAAUCGUUGUGUCAAUUAUAGAGGUUUUCAUUAAUAAAGGUUGCGUUCUGACAAAUUUCUUUUAUGGAGGUGCAAAUAACCAUUUAAAGUAGAUUUACACGCUUACGUUUUGGGUUUUUGGUCUACGAGUAUAUAUUGCUUCUGUCUAUACUUGCACUUUUACACUAGGUACAUUAAUUAUCACUUUAUUUUCUUAUCGUUUGGGUUUAAAAAAUUCCCUUGAAUUGUAGAGAAAGUUUUAUUAGAAUGUAAAAAGCAUACUUUGUUUUUUUUUUUAUCAAAACUAUUUCACCUACUACAGGCUGUGAUAGAUACCCAAUAAAUAAAUUGAAUUCUGGAUGGAGAUAUAAAUAAAAUUAUUAUUGCUAUUAAAAUAUUGUUUCUGCUGUCUACAAAGAACUACAUUAUUACAGAGGUAAUAAGUAAGACUCGUUUCGAUAAUAGAGGUAAAAACAAGAGCAAAAAUAACGGAUUUUUUUAGCACAGUGUCAAUUAUAGAGGUCUUAAGUUGCGAUGUGGUCAAUUACAGAGGCAAAAUUACGAAAAGCACUAAAAUCUAAAUUGCAAUUAUAGAGGUUCCAAAAUUUCAAUUAUAGAGGCCUUUUGGUCUCAAGGGACCGGGACCGGACUUUUGGUUGCAAUUAUUGAGGUUUUCCAUUUAUCCAGGUGCCAAUUAACCAGGUUUCACUGUAUGUAUUGUCGCCUAGCACCCAUAGUACUUUGCUUAGUUUGGGGCUAAGUUCAUCUAUGUAAGACGUUUAAGAUGUCCCCAAUACGUGUAGUUUAUGUACAAAAAAUAUCUUUCAGCUUCAUUAGCAUUUUAAUGUCUAUUAAUUUACACAUUUUAUAUUUAAUCCUCAUGAAAAAUAAACUAUAAACGGAAAGAAUUAAUCAUACUUAGCAUUAGUCUGCCAACCUUACGUUAAAUUACAUAUUUUAAUAUGAAAUACCUACUCACACUAAACUGCAAGAAGGAAUAAGGGAAAAGUUUUUUUAUCUAUAACGAUAUUUAUGUAUAGGUAUUGCUCGGGACGGCAUACAGUUAUGACUUUGUUAUAAGUGAAAAAGGCUAUUUGAAUGUAGAGGGCAGCACAGGAGCCCUUGUUUAAGUGUCAAAGUCAAGUUUAAGUCUCAGAUUUAAGCCACUAGAUGGCGAACUCGAACGGCGCGGUCCCUAUUGAUUCGGUUAAAUUAUGUUCUAAUGUAUGGGCAAGAAAAACUAAUUAUAGCCAGCAUUCUAUGAAUGUAGUAUGAUACCUUUGUGUAUGGUGCUUUACGCACACUAGCGUCCCUCCCCCUCCCCCUGACGCAACCCCCCCUUUUAGCAUGAAAUAUGUCCCGGUUUACGGUUUUUUUUUAUUUUUGAGAAAAGUAUUAGAGUUAGGAAAUAAGUUUCAAGGUAAGAAAUAAUCCUUAAUAAAUUUUAAACAAAAAAGGUUAUAUGCAACUUUUUAGUAAGACUCACCAUAUUCAUGUAUUAACUUGUUGAAGUUCAUUAUAAGUUAGUAUGUGAUAGUACUGAAAAAAAUUUUAUACGGAAAAUAAGCUUGCAAGGUUAUUGUCCUGUAUGAUUUCUUUUAGUACUAUCACGUACUAUAUUGAUCUUCUGCAAGUUUUUCAACGGUUAAAUUUUGUCGAAGUUCAUCUAGCCAUAGCAUGAAUAUGGUGCGUCGUAUCAAAAAAAUGAAUAUAACCUUUUUUGUUUAGAAUUUGAUAGGGAAUAUUUCUUUCAUUGACACUUUUUUCCUAUAUUCUAUACUUUCCCCAAAAAACAAAAAAAAGCACCAUACCCAAAGGUAUCAUACUACAUUCAUAGAAUGCUGGCUAUAAUUAGUUUUUCAAAAAACACAUUUUGACCGAAUUAUAUAUUAAAAGCGCUAAGACAACAAUGAAUGGUUUCCAAAAGUAUUUUUGUACUUAGAUGGUUUUAUGUGAGAUAUUGUUGAGUGGGUGGUUGAAUGUAAUGUUGUCUGCUAUUAAUGCAUUUAUUCGGAACAUAUUGUCGAGCAAAAUUUUUAAUAAAGCUUGCUUAAAUA